GCGGGGCGCUGCGCAGAAGCCGCUGCCUCCCGGGAGCCGGCCGUGCGCUCCGGCCCCGUGCCCGCCCGCAGCACGCCCGCGCGGCCGCCGGCUCCCGUAACUGGAUAAAAGAAGUCCGGAAGCCAUGUCGGAGUUUUGGUUAAUUUCUGCCCCCGGCGAUAAGGAAAACUUACAAGCCCUGGAGAGGAUGAACACAGUAACCUCCAAGUCCAACCUGUCUUACAACACCAAAUUCUCGAUUCCGGACUUCAAGGUGGGGACCUUGGAUUCCCUUGUUGGCCUCUCUGAUGAGCUGGGGAAACUCGAUACCUUUGCUGAAAGCCUCAUAAAGAGGAUGGCCCAGAGCGUGGUAGAAGUUAUGGAAGACUCCAAGGGGAAGGUUCCGGAGAACCUCCUGGCCAACGGAGGUUUGAAGGAAAAACUGAAAUGUUUAAAGAUCGACUUAACAUCCUUCGUGACCCACUUUGAGUGGGACAUGGCCAAAUAUCCUGCGAAGCAGCCGCUGGUGUGCGUAGUGGAUACUCUAGCAAAGCAGCUGGCACAAAUCGAGACCGACCUGAAGUCCCGAACGGCCGCCUACAACACCCUGAAGACAAACCUGGAGAACCUGGAGAAGAAAUCCAUGGGAAACCUCUUCACUCGGACGCUGAGCGAUAUUGUGAGCAAGGAAGACUUCGUGUUGGAUUCCGAGUAUCUUGUCACACUUCUGGUCAUCGUGCCCAAACCAAGCUACGCGCAAUGGCAAAAAACCUACGAAUCCCUCUCGGACAUGGUGGUCCCUCGGUCGACUAAACUGAUCGCCGAGGACAACGAGGGCGGCCUCUUCACGGUGACCCUGUUUCGAAAAGUGAUCGACGAUUUCAAAACCAAAGCCAAAGAGAACAAGUUCACUGUCCGUGAAUUUUACUAUGAUGAGAAAGAGAUAAAGAGGGAAAGGGAAGAGCUGAGCCGUUUGCUGUCUGAUAAGAAGCAACAGUAUCAAACUUCCUGUGUUGCUCUUAAAAAGGGAUCAUCCACCUUCCCGGACCACAAGGUUCAGGUAACCCCGCUAGGGAACCCCGAUAGGCCCGGUGCGGGGCAGACGGACAGAGAGAGAGAGAGUGAGGGCGAGGGAGAGGGCCCGCUGCUGCGCUGGCUCAAGGUGAACUUCAGCGAAGCCUUCGUUGCCUGGAUCCACAUCAAGGCCCUGAGGGUGUUUGUGGAGUCCGUGCUCAGACCCCAAACCUCAGGGCGGGCUCAGAUCCCUCUGCUCCCUCACCCUCGCCUCCUACGCCCACUCCUGCACCCCACGACGCUUCCGGUGGGCCACCUGGCCUGCCCCUGCUUUCUCUCUUCCCUCCGUCCCCGGCCUCACCUGGCCGGGCCAGCUCUUGCCACGGGCUCUCACUUGGUCCUGUGCCUCCGGUUCAUCCUCCACGCGGCUGCCGGUGUGGUUUUGUCCAAGCACGAUAUGGCGGCUGCCAGGAUCUGACCGUGGCUCCUCUCGUGGUCAUCCACCCCCACCCAUCUCAGAGGCCCGGAGUGGCGUGGAUUGUGGCAUUGGGCUGCGGGGCGCAGACGAGCAAACCUGGAGUGUGUCAGCCACCUGUGGUGUAGACGGGGCCCGAGACUGACCCUGCUGGGCUCGAAAAUCAGUGGUUCUCAGGCUCACUACAGUGCGGAUGCCCGUUUGCUCGAGAGAGGUAGAGAUGGACGUCCUUAAGUUGGAUGAAACAGGAUUUCUCCUAAAAGUAUAUGUAAAAGUAAUUCUUUACAAGACUCUCAAUGUAGGAUUUUUUUUUUUUUUUACUGUGUCUGUAUUUUUCCGGAAUACGGUUGUAUAUGUGAGCGCUGUUUGAAAAAUUCAAGUUCAGAAAUACAUACUGUGGAAACAGUUCCCAGUCCCCACUGCCCAUAGAUAAUCACGGUUAAUGGUUUCGAGACUCUUCUUUCUCCCCCAAAUGGGAUCGUUCAGCGUCCUGCGGCUUGCUGUCUUCUUCUGCUCUGAAUCAGUCUCUUCAGCACGGGUGAAGCUACCUGA